AUGGGGAAUAAAAUGCUGUUCUUUGGACUAUCUUGCAUCCUUCUUGCUUAUUAUACUUAUAUGCCCAUUCCAGAAAACCUUGAAGAACCCUGGAAAGUGAGAUUCAUAGAUAUUCUUACGAAAAUAACAACGCUUAUGGCCACAUUACUUGAAUAUACGGGUCUAAUGAAAUUUGAAGAUCUUUUCUUCAUAAUAACGAAAACUCAAUAUAUAGGACCAAUUUCAGAUGAAAACCUUACAGUGAUUGACACAGACUUCAGUAACAUUCCUGUUCGUCUGUAUUUGCCAAAAAGGAAGUCUGAAAGACAGAGACCAGCUGUCAUUUACAUUCAUGGUGGUGCUUUUGCCACAGGAAGCUUCAAGAUGCUGCCCUAUGAUUUCGUGAACCGAAUGACAGCCAGCAGACUUGAUGCUGUUGUGGUGGCCCCAGACUACAGACUUGCUCCUCAGGAUCAAUUCCCAGCUGCCCUUGAAGAUUGUAUUGUUGUGGUCAAGUUCUUUCUCCAGGAUAAAGUUCUUGAAAAAUAUGGAGUGGAUCCCGCUCACAUCUGUAUUGCAGGAGACAGCUCUGGGGGUGCCUUGGCAGGAUCAGUGACUCAACUGCUACAGGAUGAUCCAGAAUACAGAAACAAAAUUAAGGCACAAGCCUUGAUAUACCCUGGACUACAGGCAGUUGAUACCUGGAUGCCAUCUUAUCGAGAGUAUGAAAAUGGUCCCUUUUUGUCAAGGAAGUUAGCAAUUAGGUUGUCAAUACUAUAUUUCACAGAAGAGAAGGAAGCGAUAGAUGCAGUGCUGAGAAAUGAGCACAUGCCAGAAGGAUCGAGGGACUUUUUCAAGUUUGUGAACUGGAGUCGCUUCCUUCCUGAGAAGUACAAGAAGAACCAUGUUUAUAGGGAGCCUGUUCUUGGGAAGCUGAGUACUUUCUUUCCAGUACUUUUGGAUAGAAGACUGUCACCUUUGUUAGUCAGUGACUCCCAGUUACAGAAGUUGCCGUUAACUUAUGUCAUCACUUGUGAACAUGACAUCCUAAGAGAUGAUGGAUUUAUUUACGUCACCCGACUGAGAAAUGCAGGAGUUCCAGUUACACAUGAACACAUAGAGGAUGCAAUUCAUGGAGCCAUAUCAUUUGUCGCAGCACCAAUGUAUUUACAUUCAGGUUUGAGGAUAAUGGAUAAGUAUAUAAGUUGGCUACAAGAAAAUCUAUAA